AUCUCCCCUACGCUUGCAUUGCCUGUUCUCUGACUGAGACCUUUUGAAUGACAAAAUGCUCAGGUUUUGUAAAAAACAACUUCAGAGUGAAGUCUUUACAGUAACCUCUGUGAUGGUGUCAGCUCUUCUACUGGUCAUUUUUUUUUACUUUUCUGACGAUUUCUCCACCUCAGACCACAGACUUGAAGUUGAUAUCAGAAACUAUGAAUGUCACAUGCUUUCAGUCAGACAAUCCUUAAAAACUAGCCCCGCACCAAGAUGUGAAAGAAAUAAAUCUGUUGAACGGAUCCAGAACUUCAGCUCACUUACUACUAAUAUUAAAGACCUCCUCUACUACCGUCACUGCCGACAUUUUCCCAUGCUACUUGACGUCCCCGACAAGUGUGGCGGAACCAAUGCAUCAUCUGACGUCUUCCUUCUACUGGUCAUCAAAAGUUCUGCCGUGAACUAUGACCGCCGAGAAGUGCUGCGCAAGACUUGGGCCGAGGAGAGACUGUCUAACGGCAUGUUGAUCCGAAGGAUCUUCAUCUCAGGAACGAUGGGGACGGGUUAUGAGAAGAAGAGACUAAACCAACUCCUCAAGCUGGAGCAAAGCAAGCACAACGACAUACUUCAGUGGGAUUUCAAUGACACGUUUUACAACCUCACGUUGAAACAAAUACUCUUUUUGGAGUGGAUGGAGAGAAACUGCCCACGUGUCCACUUCCUGUUCAACGGUGAUGAUGACGUCUUUGCCAACACAGACAACAUGGUUCUGUAUCUCCAAAACUUUGAACUCAAAGGUGGAAGGAAGCAUCUGUUUGCAGGUCAUCUGAUCUACGGCGUGGGACCCAUCCGUUCUCGACAUAGUAAAUACUAUGUUCCAAAGCAGCUGUAUGAGUCCAAGUUAUACCCUGCUUACUGUGGUGGUGGGGGCUUCCUUUUGUCUGGCUACACAGCUUUGGUCAUUUACACCAACUCACACUCCAUCCCCCUUCUUCCGAUUGACGACGUUUACAUGGGGAUGUGUCUGGCUCAGGCAGGGUUUAAACCGGAGCAUCAUCUCGGAGUGAGAACAGCUGGACUGCAUGUUCCUGGCAGUAACAUUGAUAAGCUUGACCCUUGUUUCUUUAAAGAAAUGCUUCUUGUGCACAGAAUGCUGUCAGGAGACAUGUAUACUCUGUGGCACAGAAUUCAUGAUCCAAACCUUCGGUGUAACUCUCUCGACUCCAGAUUGUAAACUGGAUGUUUUUUGUUUUCUUUUUUCCCAACCACAGCGGAUCCUGUUCUAGAUCCAGAUCAGCUGGUUCCUGCAGUGAUUUAUCAAUUAUAGGUCCUAUUCUUCAAUUACUGUAACUAAAUUUCUCUAGACAGGGAGUUUGAUUUUCCACUUGCUUCUGUCACUGACACAUCUGAAAGUACAACCAAUUUUUAAAGUUUCUUCACAACAUAUGGGUUUUCAGUUAUGGGUUACAGAAAUAAAAUUGGCUCAGACUUAGAGAUGUUGGGGAUAUACAUAUAAUUUAUUCAAUAAAUAUUAUUAAAUAUUGUCCUUAUGGAGACAAAUCAUUGUUUAUCCGCAUUAAUGAUAAGCAAAUGUGUGUAUGGCAAGCAGAGUUUUCUUUCAUGUACAUGAUGUAAAGGAUGUUGUAUGAAUUUUAAAGUUCUUAAUAAAAUAAGAUU